UCUAUCGUCGCCUCUCCCCUCCCCUGCGUCUUCCUUCUCCAACCUCUUCCCCUCUCUCUCUCUCUCUCUCUCCGCCAACGAAUCCGUAGCAGAGGUAGCGAGCAAAUCUGAGUUGGGAGGGGUUUUGUCGGGAGGAAGGGAGAAAUCGAUUGCUGGGUGUUUGGUUUUGAGGUCCGACGCCUUUGUAAUCAAAACUAUUCCGGUUUUCCCAAAACGAUGGAUUCCGAUCUCUGGAUCUCUCGCCUUGCAGCCGCAAAGAGGCAUUACUCGACCCAGCAUCAACAGAAUGUUCAAUCAGAUCGUUUGAGCAUCGACGAAUUUGAGAUGGAGGAGGAGCUCCGUCCCGAUUUCACCUGCCCGUAUUGCUACGAGGAUCACGACAUCUCGUCCCUGUGUUCCCAUAUUGAAGAGGAGCACGCGUUCGAAUCUACUGCUGCUGUUUGCCCGAUCUGCUCUAUUAAGGUUGCAAAAGACAUGCUGAAUCAUAUCACUCUUCAACAUGGGCACAUAUUCAAGUUGCAGAGACGUCGAAGGUUACGCAGAUUUGCCAUCCCUAGCAAUCAGACACUUUCUCUUUUGGGGAGGGACCUUCGUGAGGCUCAUCUGCAGAUUCUUUUGGGAAAUGCUGGUCGUAGAACAAACAACAAUGAGGAGUCCAACAUAGCUUCUGAUUCAUUUCUUUCAUCACUUUUUAUGAACUUUCCAACAUCUGAGGUAGAAGAAUCAUCAAAGCCAUCCACUGAUGACAAUGCAUUUCUGAAAACGGAAUCAGAUCUACCCUCUUUCAUAUCCGGUUUGAACUCUUCAUUAACACACGAGCAAAAGGAACAAAGGCGAAAACAGGCCACAGUUCGAGCAACAUUUGUGCAAGACCUACUUUUCUCCACUCUUUUUGAUGAUUAAGGAAACUUGCAGAUGAGAUUCCGAUAAGAGUACAACACCAAGGUUUCCAAAUCUCUAGUACAUUUCAUUGCUUACACUGAAUCCUAAAUUAUCACCUAAAUCAGGGCGUGUAUUCGAGUCCUAAUGGUUGUACAUGCCAAAAUGGAAACUCACAGUCCUGGAAGUAAAGGUUAAACCUGCACAUCUUAGACCUACCUUUAAGUCCUUAGGACAAUCAUACUUAUAUAUUUAUUGAAUAGAGGUCCAACUUACAAAAUGCA